AUGCGGACCAAGAGAGUCAAACGUGCUCAAGUCGAUGAGAGCACAAUGUACCCGACGUACGAGCUCACGCUGAAACCCGAUGAAGAAGCUCGCGCGAUCACAAAAACGCUGGAAAAUAUUGAGAUCGGCUCAAAAUUGAUGCUGAAAUGCAGCAUGAUCGCCAAUGAGUUCGACAAUCUCAUAUUCAUGGCGGGAAGCGACGAAAUCGGCGACGAGAUUGACGCAACGAGCAAACAAUUCUUGAUCGAGUCGUUCGACAAGAAGAAUGCCGGAAUGUAUGAAUGCGGAGCGACGCGAAAGUCCGACAAAAAAUACCAUUCGAGACAAAUGCGAGUGUCGACAAAAAGAGAGAACAAAUUAAAUUUGCCGACGUGCUCGGCGGAAGAAGAUGACGACUUCUGCGGCCCUCAUGGCGCCUGCUUUCAAGACGAUUCACGCAAAAUCUGCCUAUGUGACGACGGCUACAUGGGCGAGAGAUGUGACAAGGUGCUUAUGGCAGCCUAUGAGGUGAAACUACUCAAAGUUGUCGGCGGCACCACUACAUCAUUAAACAUCGUCUGGUUCUUCUUAGCAAUCAUAUUCGCGUUAUUGUUCGUCAGAGAAAAGAGUAAUACGCGGCGAUUACGAAAGCAGUAUGAGAGUCCAUCGAAUAAUAACCACAAGGGAAAUGAGGUUUAUCGCGAGACGACGACAAGAGCCGAAGGAGAACAAGGCGACGAAGGACGAGACGGAUUCGCGCGGAGCAGCAUCAAGCGAAUGCGGUUGGCACUGCACAGGGCUCGCCUCAACGGUACUUCUGAUUCCAAACCCCUCAAUCCAGCCUAA